AUGUCUACUUCUAACUCCACCGGCUUCCCUAUCACCACCUACUCGAUACCCGGCGACGCCAACUUGCUAGCCGACAAACGAGUGUCUUUCGCCCCAAAAGACGCCUAUACCUAUCUCUUUUACAAGACCGAAAAAUGCUGCCCCCAUGCAUAUCACGCUCUUUCUUCCAUGCAUACCUUCCUUGCCAUAGACCUCAUAGCUGACAAACUCCUAAAAGCCAUAGACUAA